ACUUAUCUAAAUAUAUCAACUUAUCAAUAAUAAUUCAACCUCAAAAUCAAUCCAGCAUAACUAGACUAACAAAAACUAUAACUAUUAGUAAGAGUUCUCAAACUGAAUCUUUGUAUGAGGAUGAUGAUGGAAAUUCUACCUACAAUGAUUAUCAACUGGAUGACAUUAUUAUAAUUAAUAUCACCUCUAGUAGUAGCAGGACUGUUAAUCUCUUAACAGAUUUCAAUACUUAUAGUAAUUCUGAAGAAUAA